CCAAGCCACCUCACCUUCUCCCCCCACUGAUAUCAUCUUCACAACAAAGCAUCGUUCACCAUAUAUUCCCUAAUCCUUUUUGCCAUAACCUAUUGCUAGCUGCAACACCACAAUCUCAUUGGGCAAAGGGAGAGAGAGAGAGAGGGAAACAGAGAGGGACUACAUUUUUUCUAUGGAGACUGUUUCUAUUUUACCAUACGUAAUUCUCUUUCUCUUCACUCUUCUUUCAUUUCCAUUCAUAAGGAAGCAAAAGAGUGGACUUCCUAUAAAAAGAUUUAAGCUUCCGCCAGGUUCAAUGGGUUGGCCAUAUAUUGGAGAAACUCUCCAACUCUACUCUCAAGACCCAAAUAUCUUCUUUUUGACAAAGCAAAAGAGAUAUGGAGAAAUAUUCAAAACCCACAUUCUUGGUUGCCCUUGCGUCAUGCUGGCCAGCCCUGAAGCUGCAAGGUUUGUGCUGGUGACUCAUGCUCACUUGUUCAAGCCAACGUACCCCAAAAGCAAAGAGAAGCUGAUUGGCCCUUAUGCGCUAUUCUUUCACCAGGGUGAAUGCCACACUCAACUAAGGAAGUUGGUUCAAAGAACACUAGCCCCUGAUGCCAUCAGGAAGUUAAUUCCUGAUAUCGAAGAAAUAGCUGUUUCUGCCAUGGACUCAUGGGCUGCCUCUGGACAAGUUAUAAACACCUUGUAUGAGAUGAAGAAGUUCUCUUUUGAAGUCGGCAUUCUUUCCAUUUUUGGUCACUUGGAUAGAGGCUACAAAGAGAAGUUGGAGGAGAACUACCAGAUAGUUGAUAAAGGUUACAACUCUUUCCCUACAAACAUUACUGGGACUGCAUAUCACAAAGCACUCCUUGCAAGGAAAAGGCUGAAUCAGAUUCUGGGUGAAAUAAUUUGUGAGAGAAAGGAGAAAAGGCUGGCGGAGAAGGACCUUUUGGGCCAUUUAUUGAACUUCAAGGAUGAAAAGGGGCAAACUUUGACUGAAGAACAAAUUGCUGAUAACAUCAUUGGAGUACUUUUUGCUGCCCAGGACACAACAGCCAGUGUUAUAACAUGGAUUCUCAAAUUCCUCCAUGAUGACCCGAAACUUCUGGAAGCUGUUAAGGCAGAGCAAAAGGUGAUAUACGGGUCAAACGAUGGAGGAAAGAGGCCCCUAACAUGGGCACAGACAAGGAGCAUGCCUCUUACAUAUAGGGUUGUGCUAGAGAGCUUGAGGAUGGCAAGCAUCAUAACUUUCACAUUCAGGGAAGCAGUAGUUGAUGUGGAAUAUAGGGGAUACCUAAUACCCAAGGGUUGGAAAGUGAUGCCAUUGUUCAGGAAUAUUCAUCACGACCCAGAAUUCUUUUCUGAUCCUCAUGAAUUUGAUCCAUCUAGAUUUGAGGUAGCUCCAAAACCCAAUACCUUCUUACCAUUUGGCAACGGCGUUCAUUCUUGCCCCGGCAACGAGUUAGCCAAGCUGGAGGCUCUCAUUUUGGUUCACCAUUUUGUAACAAGAUUUAGGUGGAAGGUGGUGGGUUCUCAAAGUGGGAUUCAAUAUGCCCCAUUCCCAGUCCCUCAACAAGGAUUUCCAGCCAGAUAUUGGAAAGAAUCCAGCAGUUUUAUUCAACAUGUGUGCCCUUAGGCCGAUCCCAUGUUACAGGAUUGGGAAAGAGUCCAUCCAGCA